ACUCCUCCUCAUUCUCCGGUGUCAAAGUUGACAUCAGCCCCGGAGCCGAGUUGAACGCGAGCCUCUUGUCUGAACCAAAGACCGAGCUCACAUCAUUCAGUGGCGCAUGCUUUACGGAGUUAUGUACCUCGCGCUGUCUUGCCCUCUGAACUGCCUGCCGUCAUGGAUUGCAAACCGCGCGCGAAACCACUAUUACUUUGUAUUUUUCUGUUCAUCUUGUCGUUUAUUUGCCCAGCACUUUUGAUCAUCCACCCGUCCAAUGAAGUGAAUCUGUUGGACUCCAAAGCCAGCCAGGGGGAGCUGGGAUGGAUCUCCUACCCAUCACACGGGUGGGAGGAGAUCAGCGGAGUAGACGAGCACUACACUCCCAUCAGGACCUUCCAGGUGUGUAACGUGAUGGAGUACAGUCAGAACAACUGGCUGAGGACCAACUGGAUCCCCCGCCAGUCGGCCAAGAAGAUCUACGUGGAGCUAAAGUUCACCCUGAGAGACUGUAACUCCAUCCCCCUGGUUCUGGGGACCUGCAAGGAGACCUUCAACCUGCUGUACCUGGAGACGGAUGAGGACCAGGGCAGCCGCUUCAGAGAACACCAGUUCUCCAAGAUCGACACCAUCGCUGCAGAUGAGAGCUUCACUCAAAUGGACCUGGGGGACCGCAUUCUGAAGCUCAACACGGAGGUCCGGGAGGUGGGGCCUCUUACCAAGAAGGGCUUCUACCUGGCGUUCCAGGACGUGGGGGCAUGUGUGGCCCUGGUGUCAGUCAGGGUGUACUUUAAGCUGUGCCCGUUCAUCGUUAGGAACCUGGCCUCAUUCCCUGACACGGUGCCCAUGGACUCUCAUUCAUUGGUGGAGGUGAAGGGCUUGUGUGUCAAUCACUCCAAGGAGCAGGAGCCACCACGUAUGUACUGUAGUACAGAGGGAGAGUGGCUAGUGCCCAUAGGGAAGUGUCUGUGUAACGUCGGCUAUGAGGAGAGAGGGAGCUCCUGCCAAGCAUGCAGAGCAGGGUUCUAUAAGUCUCUGCUGGGUAACGUCCAGUGUUCUAAGUGUCCACCUCACAGCUUCACCCAUCAUGAGGGAGCUCUACACUGUGGCUGCGAGAAAAACUACUUCCGCGCUGAUGGAGACCCGCCAUCUACGGCCUGCACACGUCCUCCCUCAGCUCCUCGUAAUGUGAUCUCAGUCAUCAACGAGACCUCAGUGAUUCUGGACUGGUCCUGGCCGGAGGAUACGGGAGGUCGUAAGGACGUUACCUUCACCGUACUGUGUAAGCGCUGCAGGCCUGGCCAGAGGGUGUGUGAGGCAUGUCGCAGCAAUGUGCGGUUCCUCCCUCGCGCUGCGGGCCUGCAGAACACUACCGUUACCGUGGGAGACCUGCUGGCUCACACCAACUACACUUUCGAGAUUGAGGCUCAGAAUGGAGUGUCCCAGUUAGCCCCAACCAUGAGGCAAUAUGCUGCUGUGACCAUCACUACCAACCAAGCAGCCCCUUCUCCAGUGACUGUGAUCAGGAAGGAUCGUACGUCUCGUAACAGCAUCUCUCUGUCCUGGCUGGAACCAGAGAGACCCAACGGCAUCAUACUGGACUACGAGGUCAAAUACUACGAGAAGCAGGAGCAGGAGACCAGCUACACCAUCCUGCGCUCUAAGGGUUGUAACGUGACGUUAAGCGGUCUGAAGGCAGAUACCUCCUACCUGCUCCAGAUCAGGGCCAGGACUGCAGCAGGAUAUGGAGCCAGCAGCAGGAGCUUUGAGUUUGAGACCAGCCCUGACUCAUUCUCUAUCUCCAGUGAGAGUAGUCAGGUGGUGUUAAUAGCCAUCUCCUCUGCUGCGGCCAUCAUCCUGCUCACUGUCCUCCUCUACAUUGUGAUUGGCAGGUUCUGUGGCUACAGGAGGUCUAAACAUCCUGACGAGAAGAGACUGCACUUUGGCAAUGGACACUUGCGUCUGCCAGGUAUAAGGACCUACGUAGACCCUCACACCUAUGAAGACCCCAGUCAGGCCGUCCAUGAGUUUGCCAAGGAGCUGGAUGCUUCCUGUAUCGCCAUCGACAAGGUGGUGGGAGCAGGUGAGUUUGGGGAGGUGUGCAGCGGUCGUCUGCGUCUGCCCAGUAAAAAGGAGAACUGUGUGGCCAUCAAGACUCUGAAGGCAGGAUACACCGACAAACAGAGGCGGGACUUCCUGUCUGAAGCGUCCAUCAUGGGACAGUUUGACCAUCCAAACAUCAUCAGGCUGGAGGGAGUGGUCACCAGGAGUAAACCUGUGAUGAUAGUAACUGAAUACAUGGAGAAUGGAUCCUUGGACAGCUUUCUGAGAAAACACGAUGCCCAGUUUACUGGUAUCCAGUUGGUGGGCAUGCUGCGUGGCAUUGCGUCGGGCAUGAAGUACCUGUCUGACAUGGGCUACGUCCACAGAGACCUGGCCGCCCGCAACAUUCUGGUCAACAGCAACCUGGUGUGUAAGGUGUCUGACUUCGGCCUGUCCAGAGUCCUGGAGGACGACCCAGAGGCUGCUUACACCACGCGGGGAGGUAAGAUCCCUAUCAGGUGGACAGCUCCAGAGGCCAUCUCCUACAGGAAGUUCACCUCGGCCAGCGAUGCCUGGAGCUACGGUAUCGUGCUCUGGGAAGUGAUGUCAUACGGGGAGCGGCCUUACUGGGAGAUGUCCAAUCAGGACGUUAUCAAAGCAGUAGAUGAGGGCUACAGACUGCCUCCUCCUAUGGACUGUCCUGCUACUCUGUACCAGCUGAUGUUGGACUGCUGGCAGAAGGAGAGGAACAACAGACCCAAGUUCGAACAGAUCGUCAGCAUCCUGGAUAAACUCAUACGCAACCCCGGGAGCCUGAAGAUCACAGCCAACACCUCACCCAGGCCAGCCAACCUGCUCCUGGACAGGAGCAGUUCUGAGGUGGUUCAGUCAUUGGGAACAAUGGGGGAUUGGCUGGACAACGUGAGGACUCUGCCCUGUAAGGAGGCCUUCUCUGGGGUCAGCUACAGCUCCUGUGACACCCUGCCCAAGACCUCCGCAGAGGACCUAAAGAAGGUUGGUGUGACUAUCGUCGGCCCUCAGAAGAACAUUGUGAGCAGCAUCAAAGCACUAGAGAUCCACAGUAAGAAUGGCCCUGUCCCAGUCUAACCCAACCAAGCCACUAGAGAUCCACAGAUUGGCUGACUGGCUGCCCUCUGGCCCCCGUUCCAUUCUGAAUGAAGCCCCUCUGGGCCCCGUUCCAUUCUGAAUGAAGCCCCUCUGGGCCCCGUUCCAUUCUGAAUGAAGCCCCUCUGGGCCCCGUUCCAUUCUGAUUUAAAGCGUCUCCCCUUCAGUUCCUCCCUUCACUCCAGUGAGACCUCUGUGAACGUUUCAAUGACGUUCCUUCCACAAGGGAGGCUUCCCCUUGUGAGGGGUAGUGAUGGGGAGAGGAGGGGCUCAUUGGAUUAGAACAGCCCUCUGAUCUCUCUAACAUACAGGAAGGAAGUCCCAAACUAAAGGAGGAAGUAGACGUUAGAAAAGUGGUGCAGCGGAGGGCGACUGCCCUGGAGAUCGACGCUCCUCACCAAUGCUGAGAUGCCUUACUGAGAACAGGAGAGGAGAGAACCUGGCCUUGGAUCUUGGGGGCAUGGCGAUAAAGGGCUGGUGCUGGGAUUGGAUAAUGUGGGACAGCAGGGCCCUUUGUGUGACCUAUAGUGGUAAGGGGCUCGUUGAGAACUGAUCCAAUCGUGAUCCUGUGGAUUUGACUGACAACUCUUUAACUCUGGAGAGGGGGACAUUAAAUGCCUUGAGUAGAAUAAUGCAGUCAGCAGCAGCAAUCCACUCACAUCAACCUGGAGCAGACAGAAUCAGACCUGGAGAUUCAUUCAUGAACUCUGAGACGCUGGCCUCCCACCACUGAAGACCCCACUCUCUCACAGAGAAGGACUGAUACCACUCUGUGUGUCUGUGUGUCUGUGAGUGUGUGCUCCUGUGUUACUCAAGAGAAAGUCAGCUUCAGUAAGAAGCCAAACCAUUGGAUGGGCACCCAGACUACAAUAAGCCAUGUAUCCCCUAGCUAUAGCCUACAGUCUGAAAACAGUUGAUGUCAAACACAAAGCAAUAAUCACAACAAUCAGUUAUCAGUUUUAUCAACCAGAACCAAUGAGUCUCACACAGUUUGCUCUGAUGGUUCACAGGACAUAUCAGACCACAUACAGAACUGUAAUUAACUGCCAAAAGUCUGCUUAUUAUACAGUAGGUGAUGAUACAUCACUCCAAGCUUCCUUAUUCCAACCCCUAGUGUGAAAUCUCAGUAUCUGUUAUUCAUUCAAACUAAAGCAGGAUAGAGAGAAAAGGAGAGAUCGAGAGAGAGGUAGAAGUAGAGAGAGAUGUGGAGGGAGAGAGGAAUAGAGAAGGAAAUACAGACAGAGAGAGACAGACAGAGAGAGACCGACAGAGAAAGACAGACAGAGAGAGAGAGACAGAGAAAGACAGAGAGAGAGCGACAGAGAGAGAAUAGCUUGCAACCGACUACUACAGAGCAUAUUCUGCUCUGUAAGCUAGAUAGAUGACACUAUCCCCGAGCUCUUCUAAUGCCUUCUUCCAGCAGCGGUGGAGAUCUCACAACUCUCUGGAAACAACGAGUGUGUGAGUGUAAUACAUCUCUGGAGCAGACAAUGAUUCUCUCUGAUCUGAACAAUGGUGCGUGUGGAUGCGUGAUAGCACCCCCGUCUGCCCCCUGCCCGCCUGUUGCCCUUAGCUGCUGUUGCGUGUUCUAUUAGCAUGUACAUAUGUAAACAACCAUGUAACUAUAGCUACUAGCAGUACAGUUCCCUUCCAUAGCCAUCCCUUUGUACAAAUGUUUCUAUGUAUAAAAGAAUGAACAAAAAUAUCUGUGCAACAUUUUAAAAAGGCAAAAAUUAUUUGUAUUAUAUUUGAUGUUAUUUUGUAUUAUAUUUGUUUUUUACAUUAAAAAAGCAAUUAUAAUAAGCUAUUAUUUAUUUGUUAACAUAUACAGUGCAUAAGUGUAGUGUUUUGUUUGUAGCAGACAGUAGGUUAUAACAUGGUUCUGUGACAGCGUCGUCAAAGUUUUCUGUUUUCUUUAUAAUCAUGAACAUUUGGAAGAGCAAUACUGUUAACCACCCCCUCCUUACUCUUUUAGCUUUCUUUAGAUGAACGUGUGUGCGUGUGUACGUGUGUGCAUGCAAGCGUGUGUGUGUGUUGGUGUGCGUGCGUGUGUGUGUGUAAAUGUGUGUGUGUGUGUGCUUGUGCAAAUGUAAAAGGCCUUGUCUACUAAUGUUAAAUGAUUUGUAGUGGAAACAUUUAUAUUUUUAUAAUAAACAUUCUUAAAAUAUUUUUGAAAAAAUUAA